GAGAGAAAUUGAGCGCUGGAGUCGGAUGAGGGCACACAGAGCGGUCGGACCGAAACGAGUGAUGAUGUCUUCCCCGUGCAUGUCCUCUCACAACUUCAUCCCUUGAUACGCAUCGUGGCAGAAAAUUUCAUUAAGCUCAGACAUUUGGUGAUAAUGAAGAACUAAAGCGUUUAUUAACCACUCAACCUUCACAGACUUUUCCCCUUCCCCGGACUCAGAUAUUUUCUAAGCUGACUUUCACCAGUUGCAGGCUCUGCCAUUGAAGCCCACCUACCAAGACUUAUAAAAAAAAACCAAAAAAAAAACCGAGAAGACGUUCCAAACCCCUCGCCCGUGUUUGCUUUAUCAAAUGCCCAAAAACAGCAAGGCCGUCAAGAGAGAGCUUGACGACGAUGUCACGGAGUCUGUCAGGGACCUGCUUUCCAAUGAGGAUGCCUGCGACGAUUCCUUCAAGAAGAGCUCGCUGAUUGUCGACGACCCUGAAGGCGAAGGCAAGGAGUGCGAUGUGGAGGAAGGGGCCUCGGAUGGCGAGGAUGAGGAGCGCCCAGCCUGGAACAGCAAGCUCCAGUACAUCCUGGCCCAGGUCGGCUUCUCUGUAGGCCUGGGUAACGUGUGGAGGUUCCCCUACCUGUGUCAGAAGAACGGAGGUGGAGCGUACCUGGUGCCCUAUCUAAUCCUGCUUAUACUGAUCGGCAUCCCGCUGUUCUUCCUGGAGCUCGCAGUGGGCCAGCGUAUCCGCAGAGGCAGCAUCGGCGUGUGGAACUACAUCAGCCCCCGGCUGGGGGGCAUCGGCUUUGCAAGCUGUGUGGUUUGCUUCUUUGUGGCCCUCUACUACAAUGUCAUCAUCAGCUGGAGUCUCUUCUACUUCUCCCAGUCCUUCCAGCAGCCUCUGCCAUGGCAUGAGUGUCCACUUAUCAAGAACAAGACCAGUACAUAUGUGGUGCCAGAGUGUGAGAAGAGCUCGGCCACCACUUACUACUGGUACCGUGAGGCCCUGGAUAUCUCCGACAGCAUUUCUGAAAGCGGAGGACUCAACUGGAAGAUGACAUUGAGCCUGCUGGCUGCCUGGUCCAUGGUGUGCCUCGCCAUGAUCAAGGGAAUCCAGUCUUCAGGGAAGGUGAUGUACUUCAGCUCCUUGUUUCCGUACGUUGUCCUGAUCUGCUUCCUGGUUCGGGCUCUGCUGCUAAAGGGCUCCAUCGAUGGAAUACGACACAUGUUCACACCCAAGCUGGAGAUCAUGCUUGAGGCCAAAGUGUGGCGAGAGGCGGCCACGCAGGUCUUCUUCGCGCUGGGCCUCGGCUUCGGCGGCGUCAUCGCCUUCUCCAGCUACAACAAGCGCGACAACAACUGCCACUUUGAUGCUGUGCUGGUGUCCUUCAUCAACUUCUUCACCUCCGUGCUGGCCACCCUGGUGGUGUUCGCUGUGCUGGGCUUCAAGGCCAACAUCAUGAACAGCAAAUGUGUUGCGCUAAACACUAAUAAGAUAGUGGGGCUGUUGGGUAAUGGCAUCGAACCAAGCCUUAUUCCCCACCAUAUCAACCUGACUCAGGUUAGUCAGAUCACUGCAGAAGACUACCAUCAGAUGAUAGAGAUCAUCAAAGGAGUGAAGGAGAACGAGUUCCCCAAACUGGAGCUGGAGUCGUGCAGCAUUGAAGAUGAACUCAAUCAGGCAGUCCAAGGCACAGGCUUGGCCUUCAUCGCCUUCACUGAAGCUAUGACCCACUUCCCUGCCUCGCCUUUCUGGUCCGUCAUGUUCUUCCUCAUGUUGAUUAACCUGGGCCUCGGCAGCAUGUUUGGCACCAUCGAGGGAAUCCUCACUCCGCUCAUCGAUACGUUCAAAGUCCGGAAGGAGUUUCUCACAGUGGGCUGCUGUGUGCUGGCCUUCUCCAUCGGUCUUCUUUUUGUUCAGCGCUCAGGGAACUACUUUGUGACCAUGUUUGAUGACUACUCCGCCACUUUACCGCUGCUCAUUGUCGUGGUGCUGGAAAACGUGGCAAUCGCCUGGUUCUAUGGGAUCAACAAAUUCUUUGAAGACCUGAGGGACAUGCUGGGCUUUACGCCGUACCGCUUCUACUAUUACAUGUGGAAGUACAUCACGCCCAUCCUGCUGCUGGUCCUUCUCUGCUCCAGCUUCAUCCAGCUGGCGAUGACGCCGCCCAGCUAUAGUGCCUGGAUACAGGAAGAGGCCACGGAGAAGACCCUUCACUUCCCUCCCUGGGGGAUCGCGGUGUGCAUCUCCCUGGUGGUGAUGGCCAUCAUGCCCGUUCCGGUGGUCUUCUGCCUGCGCUUCUUCAACAUCAUCGAUGAGAACACCGGUGGCCUGUCCACCGUCUCCUAUAAGAAGGGCCGUGUCAUUAAGGAGACCCCCCGGCCAGAGGACGACGACGACGCCAGCCUGAUCCAUGGCAAGACACCCAGCGAGGCACCCUCGCCGAUGCCCGGCAAAAACAUCUACCGAAAGCAGAGCGGCGGGGGGGCGGAGGUUAACACGGCUCCCAACGGCCGUUACGGGAUUGGUUACCUGAUGGCGGACAUGCCAGAUAUGCCCGAGUCGGACUUGUAGACCGACUGAUAGUUUGCCCUACCCGGCCGUUCCUCUCCUCCACCCUUGUGCGUGCGUUUAGUCAGCCAUUAUCAUCGUACAUUGUUACCACAAAGUCUGAUCUGAGUAGAUAAGGUAGCUGCUCUGUUGUUUGUCGUCUCUGAACCUUAUGUGACUGUAAGCAGAAAAACUAACGGUUUCGGAAGAGAAGUUCUUGUCUAACCCGACUGCACCUCACAAUCAGAAAAGAAUUGCUGUAUAAAAUGUUUUUUAGGUCUCAUUUUAAUCAAGUAUUGAAGUUGUUUUCAGUGGAUUCACUAUGGAAGGACACAAAGAUCUAAAUCUUUCUUCAUUUCUGGCCAAAUUUCACGUCAGCCUCGCUUAAAUCAGUGAGAAGACAGUGUUUGUAUCCCGUUGUGGUCUGGGACUGAAGUGUGCCUAAAUCAUUUAUAUUUGUUUAUAGAAUACACACGUUGUAAAUUUGAGGUAUUCUGUAAAUACAAUAUAAAUAUUAUAUAUUUAUCCUGAUGGUUUGGAUAUCAGAGCAGUGUUUUUAAGGUUCAGAGGUACUUAACUCUCAUGUCUUUGUUUUUUUACUAAUGUUCUGUCCAUGUCGGUGAGGACCGAGUCCUCUUUGUAAAUAUUUUUUCA